CAGGCACAAAAAUAUGUCGGCCUUUGUAUUGAAUGAAGGUCCAGUCUGCCUGCAAUUCAUCCAGAGCUGGGCUUCAAUUUCAUAACUUGCUUUCCACCACACCCCCAUGGAGAAACAAACCAAACGGUCUAGGCUUCAGAGCCGCAUGGAGCGUUUCAAGUUCCGCGAAGACUACCGCGCCCGCCUUCCAGGGAAUAUUUCUCGCUUCACCGGCUACAAACUCCCGGGAACUGAACUGCCGUAUGACCCCCUACCCUUUCCCCCAUUCUCGUUGCUGCGACACAUCCCGAUGGACCUCGAGGUCUGCAUCUUCACCUGGAUUGGUUCGUUCGGCGGCAUUCUUCUCAUCGAGGCCAUCACGACCAACGGCGCUAUCAAUUCAGUGUACAAGUCACCCAUUACCGUCACAUCAUUUGGUGCAUCAGCCGUGCUGCUCUUCUGCGCCAUCGAAUCUCCUCUCGCGCAACCCCGUAAUUUUGUCCUUGGGCAUUUUGUUUCCGCGCUCGUCGGAACCUGCAUAACCCGCCUCUUCGUCCUGAAUCCACAUUACCGCCUGUCUCUAGACGAAGGGGGAUUCCACGCAAACACUUUCGUCAACGGCGGGAUUUCCAUGGCAACAUCAGCUCUAGCCCAGUUCUUGAUAAAGUCUGUGCACCCACCAGCCGGAGCAACAGGCCUCAACGCCGCGGUGCAGAGUAACAUCGUCAAACUGUCUUGGCGCUACUUGCCCGUCGUCCUCGCGUCCUCCCUCAUCAUGCUUGGCUGGGCCAUUCUAAUUAAUAACCUUGGGCGUCGACGCUACCCUGUCUACUGGUGGAAGGCUGGUAAAACCUUUGUCUCGGCUUCUAAGGUAGAGCAACGUGAGGAGCGCGAACGGGAAUUGAGAGAGAUAGAGUCGGGUCUGAGGGACGCAGAAGGGGACGUCUUUGACCCUAACAGAGACUCGGAAGGAAACGGUACGAAUGGUGACCAGGCAACGACCAAUGGCGCGUAA